AAUCAUUUCAUUUUAAAUAAAAAAAAGAAAAAAAUGGGUGUUUCAAAAUUUAUUGUAUAUAACCUGGUAGUCUUACUAUUACUCGUCCAACAGUCAGUUUCAGGUUAUGACCAGUUGUGGAACUGCAGCACAGACAUUGAUUUUGCUUUGAAAGAAAGGAACUGGCAUACUCUCUACCAGCGGCGCUCCAAUGAGAUAACCAUGGAACCCUCGGACAUGUCGCAAGUCCAGGUUCAAGGUGAUGAGCCUGUUCCCAAGACACACAGUGACAACUCCAGCCAAAACUCGAGCAGCUUUGAAGAGGACAAUGGUGAAUUCCACUUUCUAGUAACCGGCGGCUAUCGUCCCGAAAAGAAUGACUUGGUUAAAUUUGCAGUUUCGCUACGUCUUAGCCAAAGUAAUAAAUUCUUUGGCGACAAUCAUUUUUGUGGCGGCAGUUUAAUAUCUAAGACAGCUGUUCUAACAGCAGCCCAUUGUCUGUUUUCAGGGCGCAACAGGCUUCGACCUAAUAAGGUAAAGGUAGUUGCCGGUACACCGCGUCGCUUGAUAAAGACAAGUAGCACCCAAGAAUUUAACGUAGAAAAAGUCAAGCCGCAUCCACAGUACUCCGCUAGUCGCCUUACCAAUGAUAUUGGGGUUUUACGUCUCAAGAGUGAGGUGAUACCAGACGGAAAUUUUGUCGCUAUUAUACCCUUAGCUGACAAUGAUCCCCCGGCCGGAUUGGAGUGCACAGUCGUUGGAUGGGGUACUGUUAUUCAGUACGGCCCAAUUCCCGACGAGGCAGUCAACGGCGAUUUGACUAUCAACUCGAGAGAGUUUUGCUCUAAGCUGCAGCAUUUUGGAAAAGGCAUGUUAUGUGCCUCGAACGCAAAGGAUUUCGAAGUAGACGCCUGUCAGGGCGAUUCAGGUGGACCGCUUAUUUGCGCUGGAAAAGUAGUGGGCGUCGUCUCUUUUGGCUACGGCUGUGCGAUGCCAGAUUCCGCCGGCGUUUACACCGAUGUGCACCACUUUCGCAGUUGGAUAGAGCGUAAUGUGGCAACGUGCCCAUUGGGAACCUGGUUUCGGCUUCCACUGAUCACGCUGACAAUGCAAGCUAUGCGAGUUCACAGACUUUAGAAUGUGUGCUUGGAGUCAAUCAGUUUUAUGGAUCUCUUCAGAUCCGAUUUUGAGUUGUACUUUAUGCACUUCAACAGGUAGGUGGCCUGCGGCUUGCGGCAGGCAUCCUGCAUAUGACAAGCCAAAAUUGAGUAAAACCAUGGCACUGAAGUCUUCUGGAAAUCCAAAACCAGCGACAAAAUGCGGUGACCACCAUGUUCACUUGCACGCAAGUGCAUAGACACACACAAAUCCACACACACGCACACAUUCGCAUUUUCAGACCCACAUACACUCUGGCACACACACUUCCACACACGCUCUCAUGAGCGCGAACUCAUUUUAGACAACAGUUUAUGGUUUAUUGGGUUGCUGGAAUUACUGUAUCUGACAGCAAUUAUCACAUCACAAACGCAGCGAAUGUCAGAACGCCGCAGCCAUAUUACAAAAUUAAGUAUAACUAAUGUAUUUGCUGAGGAUGUAGGGGAAAAAUGACUACAGCAAAUGUUCAGCAGUCAUUUAAAUUCAAUAUUUUUCUUAGAUCCAAAUUUCAUUUGUAUCUAAUACAUUUACAUAAAUACCUUCCAA